UUUCGCCAAGCUCGUCGGCAUCGGGCAGCCAUGGAUCCAUGGAUGCAGGCGUAUCUCGAGCGGAUCGACACCAUGCUCGACGCCUACACCGACGCCACCAGGUCCCUCACCGAGAAAGUGGAUGCUCUGGUCGUCGCCUGGCGGCCAGACCUGGAGAAGAGGUCCUCCCACACCACCGUCGUCCACGGUCCACCAGCGCCGACCUCGGCGCUCGAGACCACUACUGAGGCAUCCGAACCCGUCCCUAACAUCUACUACUCUACCACCAAGGCGCAGGAGAACCCCACGGUCGCCCAUGAUGCAACUCCGAUAUGCAUUCCGAUGGUGCCUGUCACCUGUUCGACGGAUUGCUCGACCCAGGUCGACGCCAUCGAGAGCGCCGACGAAGUCCAUGACGCCACCACCGUCGCAAUGGAGCUUCACAACACUACAACUGCACUCGGCCCCGAGCUUGCGGUCGACCUCUGCAACACCAUGGCGACCACCAAGGUAGCCACCUGUGGUCACUACGGCAAGUUCGACGGCCUCAACAUCCCCGUGAAGGCCAGCAUCAGCCCGCCGCCCCACGUCCAGGAUGCAUUCCCAAAUUAUUCCACAAUCAGCAACUCCCGCGCCGAUGUUGCCGGGACGGAUGAGUACGCACUCGUGGAGGCCACUCCAGAUGUCACCAUUGAGCUUGCCAUCCUCCCAGGCGUCUCCUCCUUCAUGAACAAGCUAUUCUGGAAGCAUGACACGGACGUCUCGCCGCCCGCAAGGCACAAAGGGCUGCCAAUACGGCCGACACCAUGGCCGUCAUUUCUGGUGCAUCAUACUGCAAAGGGGAAUGAGAUUCAACCCACUCCGUGGCCAUCGUUUUCUUGCUCUCAUGAAGGAUAUUUGCCAAGGGUAGAGCAGGUGCCCAAUAUUUUUCUGAAGGUUGUUUGCAGGAUCCGUAUGGUGCCAAUAGAUAUUCUUAUUCUGAGCCAACCGGUUAACCCUAUUACCUCUCUCAUGGUUGUCCACUGAUGUGACCUGAUUCCCGUGGAGGAGCACUUCAAUUGUGUGCAAAAUACCGAGUUGCAGUUUUGCUAUUCACUGGCUGGAAGAACAUAUACUGAUAAACGGUUAAGUCAAAAUGGUUCCGAGGGAAUUGAGUGCUUGGAUAUCUUGUUGAUCAGUCUACAAUGUAUUGACGACCGCCUAGCAGAAAUUAUGUUCGAUGAGAUUGCGCUGCAGGUUGCUAUACAUUGCAAGGAAUUUGGCAUUGCGGGAGAGGUGUUGGGCAGCUAUGUUUUUCCUAUUGCUUCAGUGGAGCACCCACCCUGUACUUUUGGGCAGCUUAUCCUAUUUGUGUCAAUGCACUGGAACAAUUCAUGUCGGAAGGGAUUCAAAAGAAGUGGUCAUACUGCAAUCAGCUUACUCAUUGGCAAUGCAUGGCGACGGUGUUCCAAUCUCCUUGAAAAUUGCAUAAUGAUCCUCCGAGGUCUAUUAUGGUGCUUGUGGUUUGUGAGACAGUACAAUGAAGAUUGUUGUUUCACUAAGCAGCCAUUACAUGAUGGUAAACAGGCUUUCGACACUAUGUGCAUGUUCUAUUAGUACGGCUCUUGUACUACACCUAUCUUGCGACAAUGGAUGCACAUCUAUUUCAGAGCAUGCAGAGAAUGGGUUCCCUGAGCACAGAAAGUUCGAGCAUUAUUUUUCUUCAGUCAAUGCAACUUCAGCCAUAUGUGCUAGUCUGCUGCGUUAUCUUCUCAGUGCAGUCCUCUUAUGAAUUAUAUGAGCAUUGUGUACUGGAGCGUGCUGUCAUAUUUCUGGGUGUGACAAAAUGCAGGGGGCAAAUCAGAUUAUGAGCAUGUUAGUGGUAUGGAUUUUCUGAGUGAAGAUGAAUUUAAGGGGAAUGGUCGUGUGGAGAUGCUCAGAUUCAGGAGUAAUUCACUAGUGUGUGAAACUGCUAGUUCAGUUAAAGAGUUGACUGGAUUGAAAUCUGAGGAUGUCGGGUCUAACUCAAGAACAUUCUCAAGGAGGGAGGGGUGUCAUCGCUGUCGCAGCCCGCUUCGCGCAAAGCUCCAUCGACCACAAGUACUACAUUGACUUCAACAAUGACUACUUCCUCGACAGUUCCUUCGGUGGGAUCGCAAUCGUCCAUGACUACUACUCCCGUGUUGUUAAAGCCAUCUCUGCCUUCAGCUGCCGCUACGACUUUGAGCCAGUCAAGGACCAUCGAGUGCAAUGGGACCCGGGCGAUUUUCGGUGGCACCGGCUUGGGGUCAAGCCGGAUUUCAAGGAGGGAGGGAUGUUAGGAGCCUCCUAGCCUGUACACGUACAGGGGUUGCCCCUUGGACCAGCCCAUGGACUUGGCCCUCGGUGCAGCUACUUAAGCGUGGUGUACAGAAGGAGAGGGUAUCCAGUGGAUCACGGACGAACCGACGACGACUCUUUCCUCCUACCUUCUUUCCCCUGUUGCAAGCUUCCUUUGUUCUUCUCCUCCAUUGUGUAAUUCCUCUGUAAUCACUACUCUGUAUUGCUACUUGUGAGAGAGAUCGAUCUAUACAAGCUAGCUACCAUCACCUCUCUUACAUCUGGUAUCAGAGACCAGCCACCACUCCUUCCCUACGCGUUUCGCCAAGCUCGUCGGCAUCGGGUAGCCAUGGAUCCAUGGAUGCAGGCGUAUCUCGAGCGGAUCGACACCAUGCUCGACGCCUACACCGACGCCACCAGGUCCCUCAUCGAGAAAGUGGACGCACUGGUCGUCACCUGGCGGCCAGACCUGGAGAAGAGGUCCUCCCACACCGCCGUCGUCCACGGUCCACCAGCGCCGACCUCGGCGCUCGAGACCACUACUGAGGCGUCCGAACCUGUCUCUGGCAUCUACUACUCCACCACCAAGGCCCAGGAGAUCCCCACGGUCGCCCAUGAUGCAACUCCGAUAUGCAUUCCGAUGGUACCUGUCACCUGUUCGACGGAUUGCUCGACCCAGGUCGACGCCAUCGACAGCGCCGACGAAGUCCAUGACGCCGCCACCGUCGCAACGGAGGUACGCAACACUACAACAGCACUCGGCCCCGAGCUCGCGGUCGACCUCUGCAAGACCAUGGCGACCACCAAGGUAGCCACCUGUGGUCACUACGGCAAGCUCGACGGCCUCAACAUCCCCGUGAAGGCCAGCAUCAGCCCGCCGCACCACGUCCAGGAUGCAUUCCCAAAUUAUUCCACAAUCAGCAACUGUCGCGCCGAUGUUGCCGGGACGGAUGAGUACGAACUCGUGGAGGCCACUCCAGGCGUCGCCAUUGAGCUUGCCAUCCUCCCAGGCGUCUCCUCCUUCAUGAACAAGCUAUUCCGGAAGCAUGACAUGGACGUCUCGCCGCCCACAAGGCACAAAGGGCAGCCAAUACGGCCGACACCAUGGCCGUCAUUUCUGGUGCAUCAUAGUGCAAAGGGGAAUGAGAUUCGACCCACUCCGUGGCCAUCAUUUUCUUGCUCUCAUGAAGGUAUGACUCUGAAUCAUGAAACUCUGCUGCCUCAUGUUACAUGUGAGAUGAAGAUUACUUGCUAGAGGAUGCAGUGAUUUCACACUCGGAAAGACUGGUUUACCCAGAUUUCACGUUGAUAAUUCCGCGUAUAGUUCUAAGCAAGUUGGUGAUCUUUUGGUGCGCCGACCGCUUGUGAUACUGAAGCAUAGGGGCUGCCUAAAACCUUUGAGCAGCAACACCUAAGUACCUUGUUGGUUUGAUUACUUCAUCAGCAGAAGUCCACAAAUACCCCAGGCAAUGUGUUGCCAACUAGAAAAGGAGCUGAAACCUUCUUGGCUGCUGAAUUAUUUAUCUGUUGUCCUGAAUUCUUUCUCAACAUUCUCAGGAUAUUUGCCAAGGGUAGAGCAGGUGCCCAGUAUUUUUCUGAAUGUUGUUUGCAGGAUCCGUAUGGUGCCAAUAGAUAUUCUUAUUCCGAGCCAAUCGGUUAAUCCUAUUACCUCUCUCAUGGUUGUCCACUGUUGUGACCUGAUUCCCGUGGAGGAGCACUUCAAUUAUGUGCAAAAUACUGAGUUGCAGUUUUGCUACCCACCCUGUACUUUUGGGCAACCUAUCCUAUUUGUGUCAAUGCACUGGAACAAUUCAUGUCGGAAGGGAUUCAAAAGAAGUGGUCAUACUGCAAUCAGCUUACACAUUGGCAAUGCAUGGCGACGGUGUUCCAAUCUCCUUGAAAAUUGCAUAAGGAUCCUCCGAGGUCAAUUAUGGUGCUUGUGGUCUGUGAGACAGUGCAAUGAAGAUUGUUGUUUCACUAAGCAGCCAUUACAUGAAAGUAAACAGGCUUUCGACACUAUGUGCAUGUUCUAUUAGUACGGCUCUUGUACUACAGUAUUCCUAUCUUGCAACAAUGGAUGCACAUCUAUUUCAGAGCAUGCAGAGAAUGGGUUCCCUGAGCACAGAAAGUUCGAGCAUUAUUUUUCUUCAGUCAAUGCAACUUCAGCCAUAUGCGCUAGUCUGCUGCGUUAUCUUCUCAGUGCAGUCCUUUUAUGAAUUACUAGUAAUUUGCCCGUGUGUUGCUAUGGAAUAAAAUAGAUGUAUAUGAAUAUAUUACAAAAAAUUCAUUGCAUUUUGUGGAAUCCCUACCA